UAUGCACGUUAAAUAUUAUUUCGCAGUUGUAAUAUUCUUGAAAAUAUUAAGCCUGGUUAUUGCAGAUUCAUUGCGUAAUACAUCAGGAAUUGAUUUAUCUGAAUGCAAGAUAUCUCAACUAGGAAUUGAGUAUAAAGGUUCUAUUAACAUAACUGUUAGUGGAUUUCAUUGCCAAUUAUGGACAGCCGCACAACUACUUCAUAAAAACAAGAAUAUAAGUGAUGCAGAUUUUUCAGAGAAAUCUAUGGAACUUGCAAAAAAUUAUUGUAGAAAUCCUACCCGAGAUCGAAGAGGUCCUUGGUGUUACACGUUAGAUUCUACAGUAAUUGAUGAGGAAUGCGAUAUUCCUCUUUGUGAUUAUAAAGAAUGUCGAAUGGCUGGAACUGCUAAUGACUAUAUAGGUACAUUAUCGACAACUCGUUCAGGUCGAACUUGCGCGAAAUGGUUAAAUAAUUAUAAUUUCGAACAGAUACAAAGAUCGAACGCAUCACUGAAAACAAAACCUUCUUCUAGAUUUUUAAGAUUGAUUCGCACAAAAUCUCUCUCGAAACGAUAUUUGAUGACAAAACAAAAUUUAUUGACAUCAUCACAAUUACUUAUGAAACCACCAUCGUUAAAUUUAUCUCAAUCAGGAUUUAAACUUGACAAGAAUAUCAAUUUUGUUGACCAAACAUAUUUGAAUGACAGUCUUUAUCCUGAACUUAGUGUACGAGAUGCUAAUAAUUAUUGUAGAAAUCCUUCGCGCAAUAUUGCUGGCACAUGGUGUUAUACAACGGAUCCAUUAGUACCACAAGAUCUGUGUAAUAUAAGAGAUUGUGAAAAAUCGGAAGAAUGUAUAUUUUUCGUGAAGGGGCACGGUAUUGGACGACGAUUAUACGUUUUACCAGAAUAUCGUACAGAAGGCUUACGUUUCUCAUUAAAAACAUGGGAACCUGAUCAUCCAGAUUCCAUAACAUUUGUGUUCACUGCUGACGAUGGAUUAAAAUCUCGUUAUAUUCUUAAGAUUGGAGCUUUCGAUAACGAGAAAGUACUUCUAUAUUAUGAAUCAGAAGAAAAGGACAUAAUUUUGGUGAAAAAAAAAACAUUACCACAUUUAUUAUAUCUUGGCAAAUGGAGCAAUUUUGUUAUUCGUAUACCUCGUGGACAUGUUCUUCUUUAUUAUGAAGGAGCAUCAAAUCCGCUGUUUGAAUGGAAACAUUCUGAACCGUCCAAAGCAUUUUUACCAGUUUAUUAUUAUUACAAUAGCGAAAACGAUCAUGCGAUAGGAGUUGCUUUUGAUUGUGCCUUAAAAUGCCAUAUAGAGAACACACAAACCAAUCUUUAUACUAGAAUACUUCCACUAUCAAUAUGGUCUAAAGAAGAUAUAGUCAGACCUAAUAAACUAAUGUUAAUGAUUCGCGCCAAAGGUGUUGUUCUAAUACCAUUACUUUUACUGCCUGCAACAUCAGGAUUUUAUGCACUUACACUCGGUGAACGAGGUCAAUGGAUAUAUUUCCUGAAAAAUACAUAUCCUAGAGUAAGAAUUUAUCACAAAGGGAACGCACUCAAACCUAUAUUCAAUAUGAAUUCGUGGACAAAUAUUACCAUAAAAUGGUCUGAAAAUACAAUUGAAGUAUUUUGCAACAAGACAAACGUAUUUUAUUAUGUGCAUCGUCAACCGCUCAUUUUUUAUUUUUUUUCGCUUGCCGUGGAUCCAAAAGGUUGGGCUACUUGGAGUGCAAAUUGCAUACCAUCAGAUAUCGAUGGACCCCCUUUAGAUGGCGGAUGGUCAGAAUGGGGACCAUGGAUGUGUAGUGCUAGUUGUAACGGUGGUGUAGGAACUAGAAGACGAUAUUGCAAUUCACCGGAACCUAAUGUGCGGGGGGAACCUUGUACAGGACCCAGCAGCAUGACAGGUCGUUGUAAUACGAUUCUUUGCGGGGACAUAACUGAUGAUACCAUAACUUUAAUAAAAAAAGUUAUUGCAUAUAAUCAUACUGCUUUUACUGUAAAGGAAUAUGCAUCAGUAUCACUCUCUUCAGAUUCUAAUAUUGUGAAUACUAUCGGAAUUGAAUCACCUAAUUCUGAAAUACAGUGGUCCCAUAAUGGAAUUUUUAUUCAAAACAAUCAUCACAGACAAAUUAAAGAUUACAAAAUCAUAAUAAAUAGAGCAGCAUUAAAUGAUUCGGGCGUAUAUACGCUUACUAUACAUCGAAUAGAUGGAACAUAUAUGAUAAUUAAGGUGAUAACUUUGGCAGUAGUUCCUAUUAAGGAAAGCAUUACUAUUCGUGAAACUCUACCUAUGCAUGUUACAUGCCACUGUGCUAUCCUCGGUUAUGUAUAUUCUAAUUUGAAAGUUUAUUGGAUGAUCAAUAGUAACGUAUGGAAAGACUAUGGAGUUACAUUGCCUGUAGCUACAAAUGUUGAUUAUGUUCCUACUAUAAAUAAGUCUCAUCACGGUAUAUGGAAAUGCAUCGUGGAGCAAACUGACUUGAAAUUUAAAUGGACAACAAAUGUAAUCCGCGUGAAAGUCUCGGUAUGAAUAUGAGCUCUGUUAUAAUCGGAAUAUCGAGGGAAUUUUUGAUAGUUGCGCAUUUUGUUGAAUUCUUCAGUUGUAGUCGAAAAUGUAUAAGCGAAAUGAGACACCAAUGGGAAUCAAAUGAGAAGGAAGGAUAAAUGAGAGUAAAAAGAGCUUCGAGAAAGAGAGCACGAGGAUCUCUGUGCCUCUAGUGCGGGAAAGAUUUGCUUUACAGGGGAAGAAGUAACUGGUGGGGAGUGAGCAGUUGCCAGCAGAUUAGUAGAACAGACCUGAUGGAAGCACGAUGAAAACAGAGAAAAAGAUACGAUGAAGGCUAUUUUCUGGAAACAGUAGUAGGAGCGACAAGAACAGACAUUGUAAGAAGAUAGGGAACGUAGAAAAAGAAAGAGAGAGAGAGAGAGAGAAAGAAAAAGAAAGAGGAAAGAAGAGAAAAAGAAAGGAAGAGGGAGCGAAGGAGAGGGAGAAUAAAGAGCGACAGGUGCGCGGACAUCCACGUGGUUUCUUUGAAGCAUCGUCGCGAAUGGUGGAAGAGCGAAGAAGAAGAAGAAGAAGAAGACAACGAUGACAACAGCGACGAAGAUGACGAAGAAGACGAGGAGGAUUACCGGUCGGCUUCCUUAUGCCGGCUGAACAGAUCGGCACUCGCUCCACACUCAAGUUACCCUCACGCCAAGUGGAUGUGGUGGGGUGAACAUUACACUGGCGUAGAGUCUAUUUUGUUUGGAUAAAUCAUGAUUCUUCACACGUAAAUGUUCACAAAUGUAUCAGUUACUUAAAUGAAGAAUUAAAGACAUUACGAAGAAAUUAAUAAUAGCUUGCCUCAUCUAUUUCUUAUACUUUUGCUCGUAGGAGAACAUUAUAAAUUUCUCAUAUCUCAUUCAAUCGAGGAUGUUGUUAACAGUGGCUCGAUCACAUGACAGCGAGCGGCUGAUGAAGAGUGGAGAAAUCCAGUCGAGGCCAGUCGAAUAUCCCUAAGGCUAUUUCCUACUACGCCGAUGAAAAAGAAUAAUAAUCACGACGAGAGCUCGGUGGGGCGAGUGGGAAUAGGUGGUUUCGAGAGGGGAAGGGCUCACCAUUCGGUAGCAAAUGCUGCUAACCCGUCGCAAGGUCAAGAUCAGUCGGUUAAUCCCGUCCAGUCGGCUGAGGGCCUUGCACCUUG